CCACCACUGGCACUCUAUCGUGUGCCACGGUCCGGUGCGGUGGAAGCGGCUGUGCUCGCUCGCGCUUAGUCGGGCUCGGACAUCCGUUGUGAGCGGUCGGUCUUGGCGGCGUUCGGCAGAAGAGCGCGAUUAAGAAGCGUUUCGAUCUCUCUUUCGAUUCUUCCCUACUCUGUUGCACGAUCAGGUCGUGCCACGCGCCGUCGAUCUGAUUACAACGGGACGAGGGCGAGGAGUUGUUGGAUUAUCAGUGAAGUGAUUUAACUUCGUUUCGCAGCGAGAAUCAUUCGGCUCGAGAGUUUCUGUGCCACGCGAGGAGCAAACCGAAGAAAUGGUUCCCGGAGUGGGUGCCACGAUGCCGACGGGCGGCGUCACCGUCGGCGCUACGCCACCCGCGCAACACGUGCCCCAGGAGGCCGGCCAACCGGCGCAAACCACCCCGACGUCUACUACGACUACGCGAAGAUCCGGAGAAAAUCGACGGAGUAACAAGCCUAUAAUGGAGAAAAGGCGUCGUGCCCGUAUCAACAACAGUCUGAACGAUUUGAAGACUCUUGUGCUGGAAUCCAUGAAAAAGGACCCGGCGAGGCAUUCGAAGCUUGAGAAAGCUGAUAUCCUGGAAUUGACCGUGAAGCAUUUGGAAAGCCUUCAGAGGCAGCAGGUUGCGUUAGCUACGGCCGCGGAUCCGACUAUCCUGAACAAAUUCCGCGCCGGUUACUCGGAGUGCGCCACCGAAGUCAGCAGGUUUCCUGGUCUGGAGACUACGGUGAGGAGACGUCUGAUGACCCACUUGGCCUCGUGCCUAGGGCCGAUGGAGGUCGGCAGCGCCAGCAAUCAACCCACAACGACCCAGCAGACUGCCCAGCCGGCGCCACCGACGACGCAGCUGCAAGUGCACAUUCUGCCCCAGGUCGACUCCACUCCGCGGAUCCAAGUGCAACAGCCGAACGGCAUCUUGUUGACCAACGCCAAUUACAACGGCCUGCAACUGGUCUCGACCAGGUUGCCGAACGGCGACAUUGCGUUGGUGCUUCCGGCGGGUGCGAAGGCGGCGCCGGUCGCGUCGUCGCCGUCGUCGUCUCCGGAACCGGACUCGCCGUUACCCAACCUGAUCCCGUUUCCGCAGAGGACCGCCAGCACGGGAUCUACGUCGUCCGCGUCGUCGUCAUCGUCGAGCAGCUCAACGUCCAUGUCACCGGGAAGCCCAGUGGCGUUCGAGGCACCGCCGGCGGCGUUCCGCGAGCAGGCCACCGCUUACAGCCCGGCGAACAGCCACCGGGACGUCGCGACGUCCCCGGCGUCCCCGGCGUAUACCAGCGACCCGGAAUUCGACUCCCGCGUGUUCGGCCUCCCACUCCCGAAACCCCUCGCGUUGGUCACGCGGAAGGACAGCAUGAUGGAAUCGGGGAUGGAUAAACCAUGGAGGCCAUGGUAAAUAAAAUAAAAAUGUUAAGCCACAAGAAAGAAAAUAAAGUAAAGGUGAACAAUCGCAGGUUGUGCGUGAUAAUGACUCGAGUGAUAUAGAAAUCGAUAAUGUUCGCAGUGGUUGGGAAAGGGGGGGAAGGGAAGAAUAAUCCGCGACCGAGGUCGAUCGCGGUCGAGAGCGUGCCGAUUCGCGCCGCGCAGAGAAUUCCGCGGAACGGAAACGUGUUCCUCAGUUAUGUGGGUCGUCGCGGGUCCCGUUCGCGCGUGGCAGGAAACACCACGCAGUUAUGGAGGGUCGUUUAGAAAACGCGAGUUUAUCAAACCCGAGUGCGCGUUUAUGAUCGGCCAGUAGCCAGUGAGGCAGUGCCUUAUUAAUAGUGCCUUGUAAAUAUAAUACGUUUUUCUUUUAAAUAUCUCGAGUGCUGCGGGAGCGGACGCAGUGACGGCCUCGAGAUAUCGCGUCCGCCCUUUCUGUCUUAUCUCCGCUGAUAUGGCCUUCUUUCUCCCGUUCUUUUCUCGUCUACUCUCCGGUUUUCCUUAUGCAUAAGUUAUACGAGUACUGUACUUUUAAGUGCCUUACGCAACAAGAAUCACCGUGGUCUUCCAUUCUGUUUCGUGUACGUAAAAUGAUAAACGACUUGCAGUGUAUUGUAUGCGGAAUGUCCGUAGUCGGUACGGUGUUAGGUUUAAGUUUAAAUAAAGGAUUGUAUAGAGUAUGAGAGUGUAUAUGAGGAUAUGUACAUAUGAGAGAUAACUGCAACACAUUAUUUAUAUUUAUACGAAAAUACAAUGAGGUUGUUCAUUUAUGAUUUCUCUUUGUUGUGAGACUAGAAAAUCAAAGCUUAUUGCUGCAAGAAUAUCAAAUAAAUGUUGACCUCAAAACAUAA